AUGCGCGGAUUUUUCGUGAUUUUUGCGAUUUUUCUAGUGGUCACGGUAUGUUCUUAGGGUCCUUAACGUAAGAGUUAGCCUAAAUAUAGUUUUUCUAGUAUAACUGGAUCCUCUGAUAACGAUAGGGUCGUCAAAAACUAGUUAACUUAGCCCUGAAGAGAGUUAUGACGUGGCAAAGUUUGGGUAAAUCAAGAGGCUAUAAAUAACUAAAGAUACUUAGUUAUAUCCUAUAAGCACCCCCAAACGUUGCCACGUCAUAACUCUCUUUACAGUUGGGCUAACUCCCUUUUGACAACGGGGCGCGACAAAAUUGACUAGAGAAAUCCGAAUUCCAGGCGACUCCCACACGAAAAUCACGGCAAUCUUGCGAAUGCGCGACUGCAGAAUCGCCGAAAUGCGGCUGUCAAGUUAUGCCAAAUCAAAGUGGAGCGGGUGGUGAAAUGAUUUGCACUUGUGCCCCAGCACAGCCUGCAAAAUGCCUGUGCAGCAGUGAGAAUUUGGUGAGCCCCUGUGACGUGGCAUUUUGAAAACCCCACUUUGUUUUAUAGAAGCACAUCAUAACCUCUCCAAUCUCCCCUGCACCCGCGUCAACCACGACUUGCGCCAACUCUUGCGAAACCACGUGUCAAUCAAGUUGCUCAACGUUACACGUGCAAAUGACGACCAGUUCUUGCGAUAAGAUUUGUCACGAAGCAUGUACUUUCACAUGCGCCAAACAAAUUACCACGUCACUUCCAACCCCACCGCCGUACACCACGACUACAACUACAACAACUUUGGCACCAGUCACCCUUCCGGCAAAUGUUAGGGAAUAUCAUUUUGUGAUUCCGGCUGCUGUUAUGCAGGUGAGAAAGUGGAUUUUCAUGGAAAAUCCAACUUUUCCACGUCAUAGCUCGGCUUGAGCUCUGAUGAGGUGAUUCACGAAAACGUUUUUUUAACGUUAACGGUAUUUUUAUUCAUUUUUUUACCAUUUUCAUAACACAUUUGAAUAAAGUGAAACUAAAGCACAUUUUAGUGUUCAGAAAUGCUAUUUCAAGACCUUCUAGUCAGCCUAAAAGAAAAAUCAAGCCUCACAUCUCCCAAAAAAUGAAAUUGGUGAUUUUCGAAAAGUUUCGAAAAUCAAAAAAUUUGAUUUUUAAGGCUUGAUUUAUCUUUUAGGCUGAUUAGAAGGUCUUGAAAUAGCAUUUCUGGACACUAAAAUGCGUUUUAGCUUCACUUUAUUCAUGUGUUAAGAAAAUGGUAAAAAAAUGAUUAAAAAUACCGUUCGUGAAUCACUUUUUUUGGUUUUUUAACGUUAAAAAACCAUUUUUUUUCAUAAAUAAAAAAUUUUCAAAAAUUUCAGUAAAUAAAAAACUAGAAAUAAUUUACAGCAAGUUUCCGCGCCGUCUUCCCCCAACUGCGCGGCAGAAUGUCAGCCCAGCUGCAACUUUGUCUGCACAAAAAUCCGCCCCACACUUCGCGGAAUCGCUCAAAUGUUCGAAAACGGCAAGAACUGCGGGACGUCCUGCGCUUCAACUUGCUUAAACCUCUGCAUUUCAUCCGGAAUUCAGAAUAAGGAAUGCGCGGAAAAUUGCGCGCCUGCGUGUCAGGACACGUGUCAAUUGGUGAAGCCGAGCACCACAACUACAACAAGUACCGCUCCGCCGGUUGCCUGUAUUCCGCAAUGUAUGCCGAGCUGCUCGCAACAAUGUGUGUUCACUGUGAAAAUGAAUACGAUGAUGGCUCAAGUUGAGGCGAAAACAUCGGCCGUUUUGAUACCUGUGGAGAAUAGUGUUGCGGAAGAGGAAACGGAAGUUCCGGAAAGCACUACGCUACCGAUUGUUAUGAAUUUCGGAACGUUGUGUAAGAGAGAGUGCUCGGUGAGCUCUAAAAAUCCUGAUUUUCAAGCAAUUUUCCCAUCUUCCAUCUUCCAGAUCCAAUGCGAACAUCAAUGUACACCUUCAAAAGGUGAUCAAUGUAUGUCAGCUUGUCAAACGACAUGUUAUCCGGUUUGUCAAUCGAAAAUGAAGCGGCGGAUGAAGAUGAAGAGUAAAACUGAUUACUCAACUGCCUAA